ACAAAGAUGGAUGCAAAGAACCCAAAGACCCUGUUGGAUCUCGCUAUGCAGAGUCUGCUGAGAAAUGAGUCUGCAACAAUCCAAGCUCUGAAGGAUAUGCCAAGAGUCUUUUUUGUUCCACUGUUCAUUGCUGCCUUCGAGGGUGGGCAUAAGAAUACAUUGCUUGAGAUGGUGAAAGUGUGGCCCUAUUACUGUCUCGACUUUCGGUCAUUAACUGUACAGGAGCCUCAACAUGGACUCCUGAAAGCCAUGAUUGAGAAUCUUCCAGUGCGUCCUUCAAGGAACUCUGCUUCUAGGAGACCUAAACUGAGGAUCCUAGAUUUAAGACAAGACAACGACUGUAGGACCAUAUGCCAUGAAGACAGCAUCAAGGAACCUUUCUGUUUUCAUUCUUGUACUUAUUCUGACAGUUCUAUCCUGAAAAUAGAACGGCAGCAUCGUUUUGUGAAUACAGAGUCCGUGGUUCAGUUCCCCAGGCCUGUAGAGUUACUAGUGGAUCUUUCCCUAGAUGGCUCCUUAGUGGAAAAGGAAUUUUUGGUUUUGCUUACAAGUAAAAUUAGGGAGAGUUCAGGGUCUUUGCACAUAUGCUGUCGAGCUUUGCAAGUUGCUAAACUGUGUGACAGCAAAUACACCCUGAAUUUUCUUGAUCUCAACUGUGUUGGUCAGUUGUCAAUUGAUAUGGGUUCACUGAGUGAUAUCACCAAUGUCCUGUCUCAGAUGGACCACCUAGAGAGCCUCAGUCUGUCUAAAGUCACUUUUAGAUCUCUGGGUGGGAAACUCUUUAAAAAUUUCCUCAGUUACUUGCGACGUAUGAACACUCUUAAGGAAGUCAGCUUCUCUUCAUUCUGUCUCACAGGUCAUCUGGACAGAGUGCUCAGAGUCCUGCCACCUGGACUGCACUUCUUGUAUCUGCCAUUCUGUGAUCUUUCGCACAGAGACUUCAGAUUUCUGGCCCAGAACCCUCAGGCCACCCACCUGCAGCUGUCAAAUCUUAGAAACAACUCGAUGUAUUGGGAUGAUUUUGAGCCUUUUCAAACUCUUCUGGCAAAUCUCUCUGGUACUCUUCGGCAUCUAGAGAUGAAUCAUUGCCUUAUAAAUGAUAAUGCAAUCUCUGUCCUUAUCCCUGCCCUGAUUCGUUGUACUCAUCUCCGUGUCCUGUGCUUUGCUUCUAACCCCAUCACAAUGCCUAUGCUUGUGACUAUCAUGAAUAAUUUAACACCCUUGAAGAAGCUAAAACAUGUGAUUAAUCCUAACCCUAUACAUUGCUAUGGAAUAUUGCCUUUUCAGGGCAGUAUAGACCGAAGGAAGCUUGCUAUUUUACAGCUGUUGAAGGUGAUGUUAGCACUUGCAGAGAGGCCUGACAUGAACUGGAUCACUUACUUAGAAUAAAUUUCACAGUCCAACACAGUUUCAACCCGAUAUGUAUUAUUUAAGUACUAAAUGUUAUUUCCUGGACCCCCCCCCACAAUAUAUAUAUAUAUAUUUCUUUAUAUUAUAGAAAAUUACACUUAGGGAAUAUAGGUGUGUAACUGAUUCCUACACAGAGUAAUUUAGAAAAGAUGGAGGACCUCGAGAGUUCCUGUGUAUCACUGUUCUACUAUUGAUAUAUUUCAUUUUACUGACCACAGUGAUGUGUAUUGUGUAUAGUACAGGAUGAUCAAGUCCUAGUUUGCUCUAUCUCUGCCCACACUGUUUGGUUCACUUGUUGGUACAUCACACAAAUCAGAACAAUGACAGCCUUUCUUGCCUAUAUUUGUGGAAGGGUUGGUGGUUUUUGAAGAGAAUGCUUUCAUCCCCUAAGUUACUUUAGGCUGAUUUUGGUUGCUUUUGGGAAUCCAUCAGGAUUUAAUAGUGGGGCCAGGAAAGAAAGAUAGCAGAGGCUCUGAGGUAUCAAUAGAACCUUCAAGAACAUAAAGACCAUUUCCUACUUCUUGAUGUAGGUCUGCGCUAAAGUUUCCACUACUUCCCAUGAAGUCCUCAGCUGGCUCUCCAGCCUUUGUCACAUGAAUUUUUAGGUGGGAUUUAGGGUCCUUCCCAUAAUAUUCCCCCUACUUCCUUUAGUUCUCUUACUCUACUCCCAGUUCUGUUAAUCCUGCCAUUUCCCUAGCUGUAUAAAUCAUUCCCUAUAUGUAUUUUGAUUCUUUUUCCAUUAGCUGUUCCCCAUUUGGUAUGAUACAUACUAGCCAUGGGUGAGUACUGAGUCCAACUUAUUUUAUUCUCCAGAACAUAACAUAAUUAUAAAUUCAGUUUGCAUAUCCUAGACAUACUUAGUAAUGAUGUGUGUAAAGUCUAGAGUUAAUAAUUUGCACAGGGCUAAGGAAUGCCUCAGUCUUCCAGUUGCUUACCACACAAGCCCGCCUGUGCUCAGAUCCGAACCUAGUGUUUGUGUAAAAAGCUGGGCAUCCAAGUGCACACUUGUCACCCCAGUGUGAAUAGGUGGAGGAAGGAAGAGCCUUGGGGCCAUGUGGCCGGACAUUCUAGCAAAUUAGGGAUUUGAGGUUCACUGAGAGAUCCUGUCUCAGAAAAGAUGUGUAGAAGAAAAAGCCAGAUACUGACUUUUGACAUGUAUGUGAGCAUGUGCGUGAGCACACUCACAGAGACAAGGAAGUGCACACACUUCCUCCCACAUAUGAACAUGGACACAUAAAAAUAUCGUACUCAUAUUGUUAAUUUCUUGAGAUAGCAUGCUGCGUCACAAAGACAUGGUAAAGAUAGAUUAGAAUUUGUUCUGUCCACAUGUUGAAGUGCCAAAAUGACUACAUUUCACUAACUAAAAAAAAAUGAGUAGACUCUAAGUAAUAAUUUACACAUGUUUUCUUAAUGAAAUAAUUUAGUAAAAGCAAUGGCUUAGAAAUUUAUAAUUUCUUUAAGUAAGGUCAUACUCAGUUUCAGUCUGACCACAGAUAAAAGUAAUUGAAUUUUGUUUUUAGUAGUGAUACCGGUAAAUAUCUCAAACUAUGUUGUACUGGCAUUAUUAUAAUAAGAAAACUGGCAAGACAAUUAACAUUUGGUUUUUUUAUUAAUUUUUUGUGGUAACCUUGUAUUUCCAAGUUCAUAAGAAAAAGCAUGUUAAAAUAAACUGAAAUUAAUGUGUCAUAUUUGUUUUGUGAUACAUUUCAAAUUUGUUCAUAUUUUCCAUAAUGCUUGUGUCAUGAUAAUAAUGCAGAAUAUUUCAAAGAGCUACUAAAAUGCCAGUGCA